AUGGAUGUGUGGUGUUGGGGCCGUGUGAAUCUUUAUCGCUUGGAUUUCAGGACGCCUUCGAAUGCCACAAUGUUGAGCAGCGGCGGCAUCCAUGCGUGUGUCCUCGACAUCAACCAGAAGGCCAGAUGCUGGGGAGGUGACAACGUUGGACAGGCAGGCGUGCCGCUAGACUCUGCAACUUAUCCGCCUUCGAUCCUCGACUACUCAAACGAUCCGCUUGAUAUUAACGGCGAGGAUCCGAGUAUGCGGAUCUACGAGUACGUUCCGGGCUAUUCCACGCCACUGAGGACGAAGCAGCACGUCAACAUGGCAAUCUUUUUUCCGGAGUUUGCCCUUGCUGACUCAGCCACGCUGACAUUCACGCAUGUCGACGGCCCUGCGGACCCUUAUUCCCCGCAUGUCAUCCAGUUCCCGGACUCUUGGAAUGCGCCCGUCAUCAAUAAGCUGAACAUCUCAGCCUUCGACCUGUCGCAUUGGUAUGACCUCCGCUUGGGGCCAUCUCGUUCGGGUCCAGUGACCGAGGACGACCUGGUGGUCGUGAGAACGACAAUGGGCUGCCUCCGGGUCCCUGGCCGUCGCGAGAUCGCCCAAGGUCCAGCGACCGAGGACGAACUGGUGGCCGUGAGGGCGACAGUGACCUGCCUCCGGGCCCGUGGCCGUCACGAGAUGCUCCGAGGGCGCGCAGCCCUCCGCGGGGCAACAACAGCGGAGCCCGCAGCCCGCGGCGGAGCCCGAGGAGGAGUCCGAGAAGAGGCAGUCCAAGACGAAGUCCCCGUCGAAGUCCUGGGAGAGAGGAUCACCGCGAGGAGCGACGGGGGAGGAGACGAGGCUGGGACUGAGCCUCCUUGCCGAUCUGCUCUGAGGGCCCUCGAAUAG